AUGCAUUUCCUCCUUCCUCCUUCGGGCAGCGGCACCUGGUCGUUAAAUUGCACGUGGAACAACAACAACAACCGUGCACGGUGCCCUGACGACCGCACGUGGGCCCUCACAGAGGAGUUUGGCGAGCAACUACGCAAGUUCGUGGAAUCUGCCGCUAAGCAAUGGGCACUGCAGCACCGAAAGCAGCCACAGCAACAGCAACAGGAAAACUGUCCGCCACGGUUCCCAUGCUCAGUGUGCGGCAAAGAGGAGCAGACACUCCUAACCAUGUCGCUUUCCUCUAAGAUGGCUAGCGAGCAGAGGCGGGACAAACAGGACUGCUCUGAUGGCCUGCACUUCACUGUGUUUUCCGGCAGCACUUUCACGCCUCUGUCUUUUUUCGCUGAGGACGAUGUUGUGAGUCGGUGCCAAUCCUGUGGCAUGUAUGACUACGCGGAAGGACCACACUGCCGCGUCUGUGAUGGACUGAUGCUGUAA